CGCUGCUCUAACCCGUCCCCGUCUGCGUGCAGGAACGUGCGGCCAAAUGGCGGACCGCAGAUGGGCUGAUGGACGGUUUGACCACCAACGGGGUGCUGGUCAUGCACCCGGCUCACGGCUUCACCCACGACUCGACCCCCGGACCCUGGCGCGAGAUCUCCGUGUGCGGGAAGGUGUACGCUCUACGGGAAACUCGGUCCGCACAGCAGCGGGGAAAGCUGGUGGAGAAUGAGUCUAACGUUCUGCAGGACGGUUCUCUGAUCGACCUGUGCGGGGCGACGCUGCUUUGGAGGAGUCCGCAGGGCCUGGACCAGGCCCCUACGCUGAAGCAGCUGGAGUCGCUGCGGAGGGAGGUGAACGCAGCACGCCCGCAGUGCCCGGUGGGCCUGAGCACCCUGGCCUUCCCCAGCCUGGCCCGGCGCGAGGGAGUGGACAAGCAGCAGCCCUGGGUGUACAUGAGCUGCGGCCACGUGCACGGCUACCACGACUGGGGCUGCCGCAGGGAGUGCGGAGAGAGGGGCGGCGGUGGCCCGGAGGAGAGGGAGUGCCCCCUCUGCCGGCGAGUGGGGCCGUACGUCCCGCUGUGGAUGGGCAGCGAGGCGGCCUCCUAUCUCGACGCGGGCCCCCCCACCCACGCCUUCUGCCCGUGCGGGCACGUCUGCUCCGCCAAGACUGUGAAGUAUUGGUCGCGGGUCCCCCUGCCACACGGGACUCACGCCUUCCACGCGGCCUGCCCCUUCUGCGCCACCUGGCUGACUGGCGACAAGGGCCACGUCCGUCUCAUCUACCAGGGCCCGCUCGACUGAACUCUGACCUCCAACCUCCCAGCUUGACCCCCCCCCCCCCCUCUCUCCUCCACCCCCUAGAGGACUGUAGUUAUGCAAAAAUCCCCUGUCGUUUUUUUUUUAAAGAAAUAAAAUGAAAAGAAGUAAAUACAUUCCAAAUACAAUGGGU